CGGCGGGGCGGCUGGGCGGGAGUAGAGCCGUCCUCACCCGGUCUCCGGGUGACGGUGAGGCGCCGCCUGAGCGCGUUAAAACGUCCCGGGGUUUAGGCAACGGCUUGGAAAGCCCAGGUUGAUUUUCAUUUUAAUACAAACCGGUGAAGAUGACACCAAAACAUGAAAAACAAGAAUUUGUAACUGUCUUGGUGCGAGACCCCAGGACACAAAAAGAAGACUCAUGGCAUUCUUACAUAGACUAUGAGAUAUUUAUUCACACAAACAGUAUGUGCUUCACAAGAAAAACAUCCUGUGUUAGACGACGCUUUCGAGAGUUCGUUUGGCUUCGGCAGAGACUUCAGAGCAAUGCAGUGCUUAUACAGCUACCUGAACUGCCAUCUAAAACUCCCUUUUUCAAUAUGAACAAUCCUCAUCACGUGGACCAUCGCCGGCAGGGUCUGCAAGAAUUCCUGGAAAAGAUCCUACAAGACGCAUUAUUGCUUUCAGACAGUAGGCUUCACCUCUUCUUACAGACUCAGCUAAGCCCAGAAGAUAUGGAGGCUUGUGUAUCUGGACAGACCAAAUACUCUGUUGCUGAUGCGAUUCAUAAGUUUGCCUCUUUGAACAGACGUUUUCCUAUAGAAGAUGAAGAGAAAAAAAAAGGAAAAAACGAUGCGGACUCUGAUUCAGAGAGUUCAUCCUCUGGGCUCGGACCUAGUGAUGAGAGCAUUUCAUGUGGAUGUAAAGCAAGCCCAGCUUCUGAAGAAUCAUGAAAAAUCAUUCCUGUAUUGCUAUCUUAAGGACAGUACAAAGUGGUUUCCGCUCUGUUUACUGGUAACAGGUACCACAUAAACACGGCUGGCUGGUAACAUGUAUCUAAAAGACAUGUCGUCAAUACAACCAUAUGUCCUUAUGAAAUUUUCAAAACAGAGCUUGAUACCAUUUCUUUGUUGAUUUAUUAUGUAUGUUGAUUCAGGUCUACACGCUACCUAUUACAUUUAGGUUUUUGUGACUAUUAAAAUCUCAGUAUUGGGUAAGUCAUGCUCUGCUGACAUACGUGGCAGUUAAAAUAUUUCCCUUAGUGAGUGCUUGUCUCAGAUCUGGAAGAUAAAGGUAACUUAAUUCCCCAUCUUAAAAGUUGGUAUAUCAUAUCAAAUAUAUUUAAAGCAUCUUUUUGUAAUUUGCAUCAGAGAAGUUUCAUCUUUAGAAGUCAUUUGACAUUGGUGAUGAAAUUACAUACCCCGCAAGGUAUUAACUUUUUAAAGUAGCUCAGCAACAUCAGCAAAACAACAUUUGAACAAACUAUAUGCUGCUGACAAUUUGAGAUAUAAAUAUAUCUUCCCCUGGUCUUUCUGUAAUGUUUAUGGAAAGCUCGGUUUUAUCAUGCAUAAGAACUGAAGGCCAAAAUUCUUGAGCAUGGUUGCUUGGAAGUUAGAAAUAUUAAUAAAAAUGACAUUAUUUCUAGCCUUGCUGGAGAUUCUCAGUUCCCAGGGAAUUACGGAUAGUUGUUCCUAGUGAAAAUCCUGGAUGAGGUCCAUGGAAACCAAUGGCUGAAUUUUGUAUCGACCUCGCUAGGGCCAGGAUUUCAUCCAGCAUGUUUAACUUUAGGCACCUAUAUUUGAAGAUGCUGGGAGAGAUGUUUUAGUUUAGCAGCUCAAACAGAGUAUUUCCCUCUCCAAGAUGACGAUAAUCACAUAGCUAAUAACAUGCUUUACAGAUGUGGACCUCUCCACUCUUUGGGAAUAACAGGAGCUGCUGAUUUCAUUGUGGCUAUAGUUGACACGUUGGAAUAUUGUUUUCACAAAAGGCAGGCUUGAACACAACUUCGUAACCACCAACACUUAUUUUGAUUAAACAUCAGUUUUGCUCUUUAUUGUUAACAGCAGCUGCGUAGUGUCUUGUCCCAGAUUCUGUCAGGAAUAUGUUUCACUGUAGUGUUGUAUUUAUAUUUGACAUUUAACUGCUAUUAAAAAGAGCUAGGGGGUCUGAUCACCCUAGCAAAGCUCCCAUUAACUUCAGUGCUGUAGUUACCAGCCUAGAAAUGGAGAGAGAUAUAUAUAGAUAUAGAUAGAUAGAUAGAUAUGUUUGGGGUUUUUUUUAAGAAUUCUGUGGAUGCUUUCAAAGAAGGAGCAUUUUAAACCUGUGAAGUACAGAAACAAUAGAUUAUUAAAUGGCCAGCUAAUAAAGGGUAGCAUAGGCAUGUGUGGGCAUGCUUUUUUUAAAGCAUCCAGCUGGGAAUGUGUGUAAUUUUAGAAACAUGUUUUAAUAGCCCGAGGAUAACAUCUCUUAGGUAACUACUUUAAGCCACUGUAUUUUGUUCAUGGUAGCACUUUUAUAAGACAAAUAUGGGUAUUUCUUUUUGCUGGGUCUUACUGAAUUGCACAAAUGUAUCUAUUCACCUUCUCAGCUUGUGAGUUAGCAGCAACAUUAUUUUAAUGUAAAAGUGGUAACAUUUAAUUAGAGCAACAAGUUAUCACUAAAAGUAGCUUAAAAAAUAGCUGUUACUGCCAGGCAGAGAUUUUGAUUACUUGACUUUUUUUCUUUUUUUUUUCUUUUUCUUUUUUUUUUUUUUUUUUUUAAGAUGGCACAUUACAAGAAAAAUUGUUUAGUGCAUUUAUUUAAAAGAUGGGGAAAAUAUAAAAACAAAACCUGGAAUAAUGUCUGAGAGAGAUAUUUGUGUUUUUAUUUAAUGCAAUGUCAGGGUAGUGGGCUUUUAUUUUGUUUUAAAAGAAUGAGCUAAACUGUUGAAGCACUUUACAAUUCUGGCCUACUAACACAUCCUCAAAGUCUGAUGAAAAUUACAGAAAUAAAAGGUUUGGAGAGCUUUUGUGGCUGUUUUUUAUUUUUUAAUUCUAGGAGCUUAUCUGUAUGCCAGUGAGUGUUUUCCAAAUGAAGAUGUUUCUGAAAUAAAUAUUUGUUUUCUAAUAGUUCUAUUGUUGUUCUGUUAUUUUCUUUGUCACCCUGUUCAAAAAUUCUAAGACUACUGUAACAGAACUUUCUUCUGAGAAGAAAUUUCUUUGACAGAAAUUUGUUUAAAUAUUUAUCUUUUGAAUGUUGUUUGCAUAGCUAGUAUUACUGGAAUUUUUCUUAUUAAAGGGGAAGAAAAAGGAUUCUAGUAUGUCGUCUUUUUGUAUCAGCUGUAUGUAACUGCAUAUAAAUGUUUAAGACAUUUCAUUUAACUUGGAACAUUUAAAUGUAACUGCUACAAAUUUAAAUGUAAAAAAAAAUAUUUUUAAUGUCUUUUGUGACUUCAGUGAUUUGUUGAUUUUUUUCAGCACUGUCAUAUAUUUUGAUCAGUUGAUCACAAGUAUUUUGGUUCUCAUUUUAUAGUUUUGAAUAAUGCCAGUAUUUCCUGCUAGUUUUUUUAAACAGACUAAUAUGUAGUUCAUAAUAUCAUCUAAUUACUAUUGCUAGUUUAUAUGUAAUUGCACUAAUUUUGCACUCAAAAGCUUCACUUUAGCUUUUGCUUAGAACUUUAUAUUCUCCUUUUUAUGAUGAUUUCUUAGAAGCUUUUAAGUAAUUAAACAAGUUACUACUUUGUCUUGUGUGUAAACCUGCCAGUGAGGUUUCCUUUAUUUCAAUAUCAAUAUCUUAAUCACUUUAUGACUUACCAUGUGUAUUUACCCUUCAACUAUUUGUAAUAUGUACAUAUAUGUAAACUGUUGUGUUUGGGGUUGUCGUCGUUACUGUUUUUGUAGAAAAUGUAAAGAAGUGAAAAAACUCCGGUCGUAUGUGCUAUCAAAUUCUGUAACGUGUAACUUCAGAAUAUUGUAAACUAGUAUUAAGCAACCUGUUACUUACAGUGUCAUUGAAAUAUACUUUCAGGAAAGAUGAGAAA